AUUUUGUCCACUUGGCCAUAGUUUAUUUAAGAUUAGUUUACAGACUUCACAUUUUCUCUGUUCUUUUAUUAUACAGUAAUAAUUUGUUGAUGAUGAUGAUGAGCUCAAUUUAUCAAAAAUGGCUCAUAACUUUGAUUCUUCUUCUUCUUCUUCUUCUUGUUUAGUUCCUCCUCUAAUAGCAAAACCCAGCAGAGUUGACCUUGAAACUGGACUCAUUGACCAUAUUCAGUGCCGUAUUUGCCUUGAAACUGAUGGUAGAGAUUUUAUUGCACCUUGUAAAUGCAAGGGUACAUCAAAGUAUGUUCACCGAGAAUGCCUUGAUCAGUGGCGUGCUGUUAAGGAAGGAUUUGCAUUUUCCCAUUGUACGACUUGCAAGGCUCCCUUUUACUUGAGAGUUAAUGAUCUUCAUAGAAAAUGGCGAACCUUAAAGUUUCGGUUCUUUGUGACCACUGACGUUUUGUUCAUUUUUCUCGCAGUUCAGCUUAUUGUAGCUUCACUGGGAUAUUUAGUAUAUGUGAUUGACAAGCACCAGAUGUUUUGGCUUCGUUUGCACUGGGGGUUUGGUCUCGAACUAAGCUUCUAUUACAUAUGCGGGGCAUUGUUGUUUUUUGCUUUGAUGGGCGUAUCUGGUUGUUUCUUAGCUUGCUUUGAUGAAAGCGUGUGCAAUGAUUUGGGUCAGCCCUGCCGGAAUGUGUUGUCUUGUUGCUCUUAUGAUGGACUGUGUGCGGACUGCCAUAGGCUUCGUACAGGUAGAACUUACAUCUGCAUUGAUUCUAACAUAUGCUCCGGGAAUUGUUCAAAUUCGACAUGUGAGUGUUGCUCGGACUGUGAAUGUGGGAAUUCUUGCACGGACUGUGAAUGCGGGAAUUGCUUCGGAGGUGAUGGUGAUGAACCUGGGAAUCCAGUAUUAUUAAUUGUGGCUUUAAUUGUGCUAGGCCUAUUCGCCAUCUUUGGCAUGUUUUACACUGUUUUGGUUGCUACGAUGGUCGGACAGAGAAUUUGGCAGCGACAUUACCAUAUACUCGAGAAAAGAAUGCUCACAAAGGAAUAUGUUGUGGAGGAUGUUGGCGAGGUGGCUGGAUAUAAUUGGUCUCCGCCGCCACUGCCACAGCAGCAUGUUCAGCAGCUUGAAGCACUUGGACUUCUAUAAACUUGAAGGAGUUAAAAGGAAACAAAAGAUCAAUUACACUCAAGUCUCUGCUGUUGGAUUUCCAAACAGAUUAGUCUUACAUACACUGGAACAUACCCAGUGUAAUCCACAAGUGAGUUCUGAGGAGGGUAGAGUGUACUAGACCUUACCCCUACCUUAGGAGGUAGAGAGGUUGUUUCCCAUAGACCCUCGGCUCAAGGCAAACUUUUUAUUUUUAUUUUUUAACAUAUGUGCAUAGUUUGUUGAAGAAGAAACUGAUCAUUUAUAAGUCGAAUGAAGCAACAGGAAGCAUUUCAACUA